AUGCUGUCGGAUGUUCAACGUUUAGUCAAUAGUAAGAAACUCGACUACAACAAAAUGUUUCGACCCAUCCUGAAUCAGUCAAACGCAAUUAAUAUAUACACUGGGCUUGAUUUGGUAUCAAUCCAGGAAUUCAAUGAAGUCGAAGAAAAGAUAUCAUACACCGGUCUGUUGUAUUUGUAUUGGAGGGAUGAGCUUUUUACUUGGAAUCCCUCUGAAUACGGUGAUUUAAAGGACUUCUAUAUCGGGGUGAACGAAAUAUGGGUUCCACAAUUGAUGAACGUAAACGCCGUUAAGGAAAUAGAUAAGCUGUCUCAGGACUGGCAUUCUGUACAGGCUCAAAGCAACGGAUUCAUGCUUUACAUAAUUGCUGAUAUUUUUACCUCAUCGUGUGCGUUUGACGUCACCUAUUACCCCUGGGAUGAACAAGUGUGUAGUUUUCAUUUCAUGCCAUCAAGUUAUGGGCCAGGCAAAAUUAAACUGUUGCCCUAUUAUAAGGUUGUAUUCCAGACGUAUUAUCUUCCGAGUGGGUCAUGGGACCUUGUCGAUACAAAGGCGGAGGCAGAUGGUUUAAGUGUCGUCUUUAAAAUCACCAUCCGAAGAAAACCAAUGUUCGUCAUUGUCAAUGUUAUACUACCACUGAUGUUCCUGUCAGUCUUAAACAUUUUUGUAUUCCUCAUUCCAACGGAGACUGGUGAACGCAUAUCGUAUUGCUUGACCGUGUUGUUAGCGAUCGCUGUGUUUCUGACUCUUGUUGGAGAUUCAUUGCCGAAAAACGCCGAGCCCAUGUCGUACUACAGUUUCUACCUACUAUCCGUUCUAGUUGUCAGUGCCACAAUAACAAUCUUUACGAUACUUAACCUGCGGCUGUAUUACGCAGAUGAGGAAAAUGAAGUGGGCACAUUCUGGAGAAUAUUUGCAAAACUUAUCAGAUGCAAAUGCCGACAGUCAAAGAAAAACGCCAAGAGUGACAGGUACAUACACCGACAACACAACAGGGAUAUCAUUGGAGGUUUAAAUCAAGCCAGGGAAGAGGACAAGGGGGAUGACAAAGUCAACAAUCGGACUUUCACUGGUAACUCCGGCAAUCGUCCAUAUAUUGUUCACAGUGCAGGAUUUAUAUUAAAUAAACAUGAUCACAAUACGGAAAAUGCUGAAGAAUUCAGGAAACGUGACGAGGAACAUCUAGAGGACACCGAUAUGGCACCGAAAACAACAUGGAAAGAGAUCAGUGUUGCUUUGGACCCCUGGCUCUUCUUUCUCUUUCUGGUUGUAUUUGUUGUAGAUACAAUCGUAUUUCUGGCAAUAAUAUACACGGGGGAUAACAAGUGA